CCGGGGAACUUCCGGCCGCUGUGUUCCACUUCCGGGUUGUGGCCAUCGCCCCGUCGGCCGCCGCCCGCGUUGAGCCGCGACCGCAGCGUCGGUACCGGGGGCCCACGGAGCCGCCACGAUGAGGCUCUACAGCCUAAGUGUCCUUUACAAAGGUGACCCAAAAGUGCAUUUGCUCAAAGCUGCCUAUGAUGUGUCCACCUUCAACUUCUUUCAGAGAUCCAGUGUGCAGGAGUUCAUGACGUUCACGAGCCAGCUGAUCGCGGAGCGCUCGGCGCUGGGCAGCAGGGCCUCGGUCAAGGAGCAAGAGUACCUGUGCCAUGUGUAUGUCCGGAAUGAUGGGCUGGCUGGAGUGGUGAUUGCAGACAAUGAAUAUCCACAGCGGGUUUGUUUCACCUUGCUGGACAAGGUGCUGGAUGAGUUCUCCAGACAGGUCAGCAGGAUGGACUGGCCCUCAGGGUCACCUGCCACCAUCAGCUACUCUGCCUUGGAUGGAUACCUCAGCAAAUACCAGAAUCCCCGGGAUGCUGACCCGAUGACCCGAGUGCAGGCAGAGCUGGACGAGACCAAAAUCAUCCUGCACAACACUAUGGAAUCGCUGCUGGAGCGUGGGGAGAAGCUGGAUGACCUGGUCUCUAAAUCGGAGGUGCUGGGGGCACAAUCCAAAGCCUUCUACAAAACGGCCCGAAAGCAGAAUUCCUGCUGUGAAAUUAUGUGACGUGGAGCCCGGGGUCUCCACCUCCGGAUCACCAGCCCUCAACCCCCCUCCAUAGCCACCCUAGGGGUGUUCCUCGGGCUGGGCCAGGGGUCCUCAGCCCCCUGGGAUGAUGUGACAGUUGUCCACCUUAAGGGGACACCAAGGCUGGCACCGGGCUGGCACCCAUGGGGGGAGGUCCACACCGAAGACCCCCCCCACCCUCACUGUUCCUGGGACAGCUUGGACCAGGGGGCAUCCAGCCAUGCACUCCCCUGCCUUCACACCCCCACCCAGGAAGCCUGGAGGAGCCCCCCCACUGCUGUCCAGGGGGCUGAGGGGGCAGGCAGAGCCCCCUGCUGCCAUCCCAGGGGCUGCGGGGCUUUUUAUGUAUUUGUGUCCUAAGGGUGAGCUGGGG